AUGAGCUUUCCUCCAGAAUAUGCACCAACUGCCUCGACUUCGUUUACAAUAUCUUCAGAUUCGAUCAGGUAUAAUGAGGAGGUGACUAGGUCCCUGCUAAUUAAAUCUCCCACACAUAAAUCGACGUAUGAUGCACUAGCCGAAGUAUGCUCUAUAAUCCCGUCAAUUGAAAUGCUAGAGAAUGCGUAUAUCAAGGACUACGUAACCGAUAAGGAGAAGUUCACUUCAGCAACAUUCAGAUUGAUAUAUCAGUAUCAGACUUUGGUCAAAGGAUUUGACGAGCCAAAGAUACAGGUCUUGCAACAGCUUCUACCGGGCCUUCAACCAGACUUGUCAAAUUUCUUGCAACUAUUUAUGACAAAAUUCCAUUUAAACUGUCCACAAGCAAUGCGUAGAUUGAUUAGUGGUGUACCCUCAACGAUUGAGCAUAUUAGUGAAAAUUCAUCCACUGCUGCCACCAAUAGCACCAGUGGAAAUGGUAAUGGCAAUAGUGCUAAUGCAAGAUUAAUUGCCGAAAUUACAGGAAACUUCAUUACUUGCAUGGAUGCUAUAAAGUUGAAUUACAAAACAAGAGAUCAGCUACACCCUCUACUAAGUGAGUUGGUGGUUAAUUUGAACGAGCUCAAUGAGAAUAUGGAAGUAGCCGGUAAGUCAAAACUAGUAAAUUGGUUGAUAAAGAUUAACAAUUUAGAGAAAGAAUUGAAUCAAGAGGAUGCAGACAUAUUCUUGAGUGAUUUGGAUGUAGCCUACAAGGGAUUCUAUUCGUCAUUAGAGAAGAAUUGA